GAGCUGAACUCCACCACAUACUGUGAAGACUUCAAGAGGAUCCAGACCUGCAGAACAAAAGCCAUUUCACUUUCACUAAGUUUUGCAAUCAACAAAAAACACGGAGACAUGGCAGCUGAUCAAAUAGUAGUUCCUGCUCUUGGUCGACCUUUCACCUUGGGGAUGCUCUAUGACGCCCGGAAAGAACAAAUUGUCCCAGGUGUCACUAUUUGGGAUGAAGAAAAUUUACAAGCGAUGACUAAAAAGUGUGAUCAGCAUAGCAGUGAUUUUCAAAUCACUAAAUUUAAUUCACUGGAAGAGAAAUCCUCUCUGCUUGACAUGAAUGCUUCCAUAAAGGCCAGCUUCAUGGGAGGCCUGAUUGAUGUUGAAGGAUCUGCAAAGUUUCUGAAUGACAGGAAGCAAUCCUUCCAUCAGAGCAGAGUAACUUUUCAGUACAACGCCACAACCAUCUUUGAGCAGCUGAUGUUGUCAGCUGCUGACAUUAGAAAGAACCAGCAGUUAAGUAAUUUGGUCAGAAGUUCAGCUACUCACCUGGUAACAGGAAUCCUUCAUGGAGCAACAGCUUUCUUUGUGUUUGACAGCGAGGCAUCAGACGUUAGCAGCGUUCAGGAUCUUGAAGGCAGCAUGCAGGCUGUGAUCAAGUUGAUUCCCUCAUUUAAUGUUGAAGGGAAAGUUGAUAUAAAACUCACUGACAGUGAAAAAUCUGUGUGUGAUAAAAUGACCUGCAAGUUUUACGGUGACUUCCUCCUGGAAAGCAACCCUGCAACAUUCGAAGAGGCAGUGAAAUCUUACACAGACCUCCCAAAACUCCUGAUAGACAAGAAGGAAAAUGGCGUGCCAGUUAAAGUUUGGAUGAUGCCUCUGAAGAAUUUGACCCCAUCAGCUGCUAGGGUGAUGGCUGACAUCAGUCCUGAUACUGUAGGAAAAAUUCAAGAUGCUCUGGAGGCGAUGGACCAACUGAAAAUAAGAUGCAACAAGUGCCUGGAAGACAGAUAUCAUUUCCCUUCCAUUCAUAAAAAAUUGAACAGUUUCAAACAUAGUUGUGAUGAAAAUAUAACAAAACUUCAAGACAUGUUGGCAGAAAAUAUACCCCCCAUUAGGGCAGGUGAGAAACCAGAGGAGGAGCUGCUGAAGUUAACCGAUGACAAGGAGAAGCCUCCGUUCAAUAUCAAGGAACUGAAGGAGCGGAUGAAGAAUAUUGAAAGAGAAGUCGUGGUAAUCAGAUCCUGUGAAGAGAUGAUGAAGGAAGCAAAGAUUAUAACAAGUACAGCAGAGCUGGAUGAAGAGAUUUUUAAUCCUGAAGUAGAUGAAGUUCUCUGCUUCGUUUUCACCUCCUUAGAAACCAAAGACUCCCCUCCUAAGGAAAAUAAACCUGCCUGGUACUACGACAACAAGCUGAUAGCCAAAGCAAGAGAAAAAGCCAGGAUGUUGGGGGAUCUUGCAAGAGCUCUGAAGAGCAGCAGCAGGUACAGAUGUGUUGUGGCAGAAAUCAGUGAUCCACAGCAUGAAGGAGCAACGAUUUACCACUACAGGCAGAACGAACUCCUCAGCAAGGAUUUCAACAAACCCGAAGUUCCUGAUGUGGAGAAGAUUACAGCAAGAAGAGAUUUAAUCUGGUAUGCUACUGAACUCACCCUGGAUCCAGACACAGCACACCCAAACGUUACUCUUCAAGGAAAAACAGCAACACAUGGAAAUGAGGAACAGCCAUACCCUGAUCUUCCUCAGAGGUUUGAUAGAAACUUCCAGGUUUUCUGCAAAGAGAAGUUGGAUGGGCAGCAUUACUGGGAGGUGGAGUGGAGUCUCGACAACACCGCAAAUGUUGGUGCUGCUGUUUGCUAUGGAAGUAUGAAGCGCAAAGGUUUUUCUGAAGCUACUACAAUAGGGGCUAAUGCAGAGAGCUGGAUAUUUGGAUAUGCGUACAGGAACAGUGGAGAGGUAAGAAUUACUUCUUUCUUCAGAAAUCAUGAAAAUAAAUUAGAAAAUAUAGACGUUCCUAUGACAGGCUGCCCCCGUGUGGGACUUUUUCUGGAUUGGAUAAAAGGCUCGCUCUCCAUCUACAUCGUUACAGGCGAACAGCUGAGCCACAUUUUUACUUUCAAAGAAACGACUUUCUCUGAGGCCGUUUAUCCUGCAUUAGAAGUCUGGAAUGAAAAUAACUUUGCCCGCCUUUGUUUUUGAAUUCUGUGGUACAAGAUUAUGAAUAGAUUGAACUAUUAACAAAAUAAGAAAUAUUAAUUCUUAGCUCUUCUCAUCUGUAAGAAAUGACCAAAAAAGUGUUCAAAUAUGGAAAUGAGCUAGAAUUACAAAUUAUUGAUCAAAGUAAAUAAGGUUCAUAUAGUAGAGUAUAGCACCUUUAAUAACCCAUUUAAUGAACGGAGGAAAACAUUUAUGCAGUUUCAUAAAUAAAUCUAAAUCUAAAUGUAACCAUGUACUAACUAAAGGAGUUAAAGGAGGAGAACUACUAACCACUAAUUAUAUGAUUUUACUUUAUGAUCUUUUCACUAAAAAUGGAUGGUUUUAAAUUAAUUAAUUUUAAUAUUUUGUUCAAAACUCCUCACAGUUUGCAAAAAGGAAAUGCAUUUCUGGAAUCCUUUAUGUAAAAACAUUCAUUGUCCACAUAUCUCUUUUAUGAUGGAACAUUAUUCAGUUUUAUUUUGAUAUUUUGUUAAUAGGUACAAAAAUGUUUGAUUUUUCUUGAUUUAUAAUCUAAUAUUUUGAUCUCAGGGUUGUUGGCAUUGAUUGAUUAUGGAUAAAAGCAAAAAUAAUUAUUUUUGUUGCUUCUUAGGAUUUGCUAAAACAUCGUUUGAAAUUAUGUUCAGAUUUUUAUAUUUGAUUAAAAUACAGUAUGUCAUUUUAUGUUUUCUUAUAUUAGUCACUUUUAUGUUUCAUUGGUUUGCUGUUUUAGUUGCUUUGAAAUAAAAUGUGCUCAGAAUUA